GGAGGAGCAGCAACAAAAAUCAACACAAUGGUGAUAAAGAUGGUCAGUCUGGCAAACACUGGCUUCUACUAUACUACAACAAAGAGUGCAAAGCUAAGCACAAGAAAGCUGUUGCUGCGAAAGUAUGACCCUGUCGUACAACAACAUGUUCUGUUCAAGGAAGAGAAGAUUAGCAGAAAGAAGAAGUAA